UAGAAACAUAUGUUUUUAAUGUAGGGAUUUCUUUAUAAUUUGAUAUGAAACUACAUUUAGUUUUUAAGUCUUCCAAUUAACUUUCAAUGAAUGAAUCUGUUACCGAAGAGGAAUUUUAUGAUGCCUCUGAAAUAUUUACAAAUUAUCAUAUGUCUUUACAAGAAUCAAUAUAUGAAACAUGUUUGGCACUUCAACUAUUUCUUAAUAAUAAAUACAAUCUUGCAAAGCAAAUUUUGAAACCACACAUUCUUAACAGUAUCUACCAUUCCUUAGGCUAUAGCACAUUAUUAUAUCUUCAAGCAUUUAUGACAUUUGACACUGUUGACCUAGACAACGCAAAUGAAUCAUUGAGGAUAUCUUUAGAGGUAUGCCAGAAAUUUAGGCAUAAAAAAUCUUUCACAACUUCUUGGGGCAUCCGCAAAAAUGACUUUAAUAAAUAUAGCAUCGAGGAAGUACACGCAGAAUUGUGUUACGCUGAAUGCAUUUUAGAAAAAGCGAUGCUCACAUUUAUACAAGAUGAAUCGUUGUUGAGUUUCGUUAAAGGUGGAAUGAAGAUAAGGACUUCCUAUUAUUGUUACAAGGAAUGCCAAGAUAUGUUAAUAUGUUACCCUUGGAACGAAGCAGAUAAUUUUUAUACAAAAUCUCACUUUGAAAGCGGAACGAGAAUGGGGAUAGGAGGCUUUAAUUUGAUAUUAGCCAAUUUGCCCUCAAGAAUAUUGAAACUUUUAGAAUUUAUCGGAUUUUCUGGAAACAAGGAAUUUGGUAUUAGAGAACUGGAAUUGGCGACAUUUCAAGAUGCUUAUAGUCUAAGAAGUCCGCUAAGUGCAAUUACACUUCUAGUUUAUCAUUUAUUCACCACAUAUAUCCUCGGUUCUGGUGACGGUGAUACAGAUAUAUGUCAACAAAUAUUAAAUCUAAUGCUUAAAUAUCAUCCAAACGGUGCAAUAUUUUUAUAUUUUCAAGCUCGAUUGUAUGAAGUUAUUGGAAAUUUCCUUAAAGCAAUCGAAUCUUUUAACAAUACCAUAUCUUGUCAAAACGAAUUUAAACAAAUACAAUAUUUGUGCUAUUGGGAAUUGAUGUGGUGCUUUGCGUACGAUUCUAACUGGACUAAAGCGGCCCAUUAUAGUCAGUUGUUAUCUGAAGGCAGUAAAUGGUCCAAAUCGACGUACAUCUACCAAAGAGCCUGUUUUAUGAUGAUGCUUGAUAAUACAUGUCAUCAAGACAAAGAAAUAGCUGAUCUCAUUGAUCAAGUCCCAUUAUUUAAGCAAAGAUUGGCUGGAAAAUCCGUUCCCGUGGAAAAAUUUGUCAUCAAAAAAUGUCAGAGAUACAAAGAACAAAAUAAUCAUUUAGUAGCACCCGCCAUCGAAAUAAUGUAUAUAUGGAAUGGGUUUUCGAUUUUGGGUAAAAGAAAAGAUUAUUUAGAAGUCAUACUCAAAAGAUUAGAUAAAGAAAUGGAUCAACUGUCCGAUCGUAAAGAAACAGACCCAUUUUAUCAUGAUAAUUAUUGCCUGAUUCAAUUGUUAAAGGGAAUAUGUUGGAAAUUUUUAGACAACUACACAAUAGCUUCAAAUUUGUUUUUAUCCAUACUAAAAUACGAAGCAGAUAUCAAAGAUGAUUUUUAUAUAAUUCCUUAUUCCUUAGUCGAAUUGGCAUUUAUAUCAAUCGAAGAACGUGAUAGUCAAAAUGCCAUCCAAUAUUUGGAAGCAGCUAAAACCUUCAAUGGCUAUUCCUUACAAAGCAGAUUACAUUUCAAGAUUCAUUCGGCUUUCAAUUCAAUCGAAGUUAACCAAGAGACUUGGAACCAAGAGCCGUCCCCCGAUAAAAGCCAAAUAAUCUCAGCACAACCCUCAUCCUUAAUCGCCUCUCAGCCCAUUCUUCCUUAUCCACCGGAAUCCUUAGUAGAUGCUGUGAAUGAUGAAUAUCAUAACGAGUUGCCCGUCUUAUUCGAACCCAUGUUUUUUUCAUCGAAAUGUGUCGAGGUUUCAGAUUCACCUCCGCGUUUACCACAUGAUGCUUGUAUAAGCACUAACCACUUGCAAGUAUCGAAUAAUAAAAAACAUAAAAAGAAAAAGAUAGUCAACUUAUUGAAAAUGAAACCCUACCACUCUAAAGUUUCCUCGUCCAAACAAUCCCAUCUCAAAAUAUCUCUCUCCUCACAGGAUUUGAGGGGUCGAGGAGACGAUAAAACCAAAAAGAACCAAGACAAUAUCUUUGCAACAUCAUUAUCAUUUCUCAAUUUAAGCUCGUUCCUUCAUCAUUUGCCAUCUCAUCAUCACAACGAUGACUCUUGCACACUAUCCCCGUCACCCAAAUCUCUACCUCCUGAAUCCAAGCUCAAUAAAAUCUCUCAAUUUAAAUUCCUCAAUAACUCUUCUAAUUCAGGUAAUCUACUCAAGACGUCUAUCUUAGGAGCUAUAUAUCCUACUCUCACAACCACCAAACUCAAAAAUACUAUUCAGAACUUGAUUGUUGAUAAGAAACAACAACUCUCUGAUAAUAAACGACUUCAAUAAAGUUGUUUAUUUGUAUCACGCGUAAUAAUUAUCUAAGAAGAUUUAUAUUUUAUGUUUAAAAAGUGCAAAUUUACCCUAUUUUAUUCCCCGUAAGUUAUACAGAGAUCCUAGAAAAAUUUACCAUAUUCCCUAUUUACAUUUAUUUUUCCUAAAGCUUUAUUAAUAAUAUAAAUCAUAAUAUUAACUUAUAAAUAAUGUAUAUUAUACCUUUUGGUAAGUAUUAAAUAUUCUAUCUAAUAAAGAU